GCAUGCACACCGUACCACGUCGUCUAAUCACCGCAUAAACUAAUCCAUCCCGCAAAGAAAAAUCGCGUAAACUAAUCACGCGCAAACCCAAACGAGAAGAGAAAGCACAGAGCAAACCGCUGCUAGCAACUGGUCGAGGAGAAGCCUCCUCGUUAAGCUUCGAAUCCUCGCACCUCCUCUUCCACCCACGCGCGCUCCUCUCCCCCUCCGCUCCAACGCCAAAACCCCCCGAAUUCCCCACCUCCAAUCCGAUCGGCCUAGCCUAGGGCCCCGGCCUCCUCGUGCAGGAAGCAGGGUCGAUGGAGAAGUACGAGCUGUUGAAGGACAUCGGCUCCGGCAACUUCGGGGUGGCGCGGCUGAUGCGGAACAAGGAGACCAAGGAGCUCGUCGCCAUGAAGUACAUCCCGCGCGGGCUCAAGAUUGUCGAGAAUGUGGCGAGGGAGAUCAUAAACCACCGCUCGCUGCGGCACCCCAACAUAAUCCGGUUCAAGGAGGUUGUGCUCACGCCAACGCACCUCGCCAUCGUUAUGGACUACGCCGCCGGCGGCGAGCUGUUCGAGCGGAUCUGCAGCGCCGGGAGGUUCAGCGAGGAUGAGGCGAGGUAUUUUUUCCAGCAGCUAAUUUGCGGUGUUAGCUACUGUCACUUCAUGCAAAUUUGUCACCGGGACUUGAAGCUGGAGAACACGCUGCUGGAUGGCAGCCCGGCGCCCCGCCUCAAGAUCUGCGACUUUGGCUACUCCAAGUCAUCACUGCUGCACUCGAAGCCGAAGUCCACGGUUGGAACUCCGGCGUACAUUGCUCCGGAGGUGCUCUCUCGCCGGGAAUACGACGGCAAGAUGGCAGACGUUUGGUCUUGUGGAGUGACCCUUUACGUGAUGCUGGUUGGUGCGUACCCUUUUGAGGACCCCGACGAUCCCAAGAAUUUCAGAAAGACGAUUGGGAGAAUAGUGUCUAUUCAAUACCAAAUACCAGAGUAUGUCCACAUUUCCCAAGAUUGCAGGCAGCUCCUCUCUAGGAUCUUCGUCGCGAAUCCUGCAAAGAGAAUAACUAUUAGGGAGAUUAGGAAUCACCCCUGGUUCCUGAAGAACUUGCCUAGAGAGCUUACAGAAGCUGUACAAGCCAAGUACUACAAGAAGGACAACAACGCCCCCACCUACUCUGAUCAGACCGUUGAAGAGAUCAUGAAGAUAGUCGAGGAGGCUCGCACACCACCUCAAUUGUCUACUCCGGUGUCUGGUUUCGGUUGGGCCGAGGAAGACGAGCAAGAAGAUGGCAAGAAACCCGACGAUGAAGACCAGGAUGGGGAGGAUGAGGAAUAUGAUGGUGAGGACGAGUACGACAAGCAGGUGAAGCAAGUACAUGCCAGCGGCGAUUUUCGACACCUGAUAAAAUGAAGCUGCUUGCAAGGUUCAGUUUUCAGCUGAUGAGAUACCGUCUGUAUUUUCUGUAGUUGUGGUGUUGAGAUGUUGCACCCUCGGUGUUUAUUUGUAGUCUCCUGUUUGUGGAUCUUCCUUUUUCUGAUAUUGUGUUAUAACUUUGUAAAUUAUCAAACUGGCUUCCUCAGUGGCUAUGUAAUUGUAAUGAACUGUGGAGCGAUUAAGCUAGUCAGAUGAAAUGCAGUUUAUGGAAUAAAACUUUCAUUUUGAUGGGA